AUGAAUGUGUCAUCGCCAGACAGAAGGAAAACCGUGCGUGACCUGGCACUGGAGAUUGGUAUACGAGUUAUGCUCUUUGGAGUUUUUGUGUUUACUGAAUUUUUAGAGCCCUUCGAAAGAGUCAUCCAACCUGAGGAAUUGUGGCUCUACAAGAAUCCGCUUGUUGAGUCUGAUCACAUUCCCAAAAGGGUCAUGUUCGCAAUCUCAUUCCUUACUCCAUUGGCGGUGAUAUUUGUGGUGAAGAUAAUUCAGAGGACAGACAAGACGGAAAUCAAAGAAGCAUGUUUAGCAGUGUCACUAGCUCUUGCCCUGAAUGGAGUUUUCACCAACACUAUCAAGUUGAUUGUUGGAAGACCGAGGCCUGAUUACUUCCAGCGGUGCUUCCCAGAUGGACAAGUGAAUACAAAGAUGCAGUGCACUGGCGAACCACACAUAGUCUCAGAGGGGCGUAAGAGUUUUCCCAGCAGUCAUUCUUCUUUUGCAUUCUCUGGGCUUGGAUUCACUUCUUUCUACCUGGCGGGGAAACUGCAGUGCUUUACUGAUCAGGGCCGAGGUCGUAGCUGGCGUCUGUGUGCCAUGGUGCUGCCCCUCUACAGCGCAAUGAUGAUUGCUUUGUCCAGAACCUGUGACUACAAGCACCACUGGCAAGAUGCCUUUGUUGGAGGAGUGGUCGGACUAUUGUUUGCUUACAUCAGCUACCGCCAGUACUACCCCCCUUUUCUGCACUCGGACUGUCACCUUGCCUACGCCAGCCUGGCUGCCACCGCUCAUACAUCCUCGCAUCCUCAGGAGGAUCAGCGGCCAACUGACAAUGCCACUUCCCUACCCCUGGAGGCCUUGACUGAAGCACCACUAUGA